AUGGACGCGGACUUCGACGGGUUCCUGGAGAAGGUGAGCGAGGCGACGCGCCUCGUGGAGGGCCUGAAGGAGGGGAAGAUCAACCCGGAGUAUGUCGACAAAAUCACCCAGGCGGACGCGGAGAAGAAGCGCAAGGAGCAGGAGAAGGUUGAGGCGGAGGAGCGGGAGCGCGCGGACCCGGAGCGGCAAGCGCGCCUGCAGGCCAAGGUGGAGGAAAUCAAGGCCAACAUGGAGCGCAAGCGGCGGGCGCGCGAGCGGUACGAGGCGCGGCAGGCAGAGAAGCGCGCGGCGCAGGGCGGCGCGGUCCGCGCGGGCGGUCCGACGGACUACGAGUCGUGGGACCUGUGGACGCCCAGCGACGAGGAGGACGAGCUCGUCAACAGCAUGCUGCCGCAGGGCGCGGAGUUCAAGGCGAUGGAGAAGGACAUCGAGGAGCGCCACAAGCGGAUGACGGAGGCGCGACAGGCGGCGGAGCGCGCCCGCGUGCGCGGCAACGCGGAGUUCAAGCGCGGCAACUGGGCGGGCGCGUAUCAGGAGUACUGCGACGGUCUGGCGCGGGAGAAGACCAACAUGGCGCUGCACGGGAACGCCGCGAUGGCCGCGAUCAAGCGCGGGUGCUUCGUGCAGGCCGUCGACCACUGCGACCGCGUUGUGCACCUGGCUGAGUUCCUGCACGAGCGACCGCGCGACCCGCUUGUCGUGAAGGCGUACCAGCGGCGCGCGACGGCGCGCUCGGCGCUCGGGCACCUGCGCGAAGCCGUCGCGGAUUUGGAGAAGGCGGUGGAGAUCGAGCCGGGCAACGCGGAGGCCGCGGGGCAGCUGGCGCGGGCGCGGGAGGUGCUGGCGGAGGACCAGCGGGCGCGCAGGGCGGCGGCGGCGGCGCGCGGGGAGGCCGGCGCGGACGACGCGGCUCUCGACGCGCAGGCGGCGCAGGAGAUGCGGAUGCUGCGGGAGCUCGAGCGGCUCGCGGGCGCAGUGCGCGGGAGCGCAGGCCCCGUCACAUCCGCGUUUGACCCGCUGAGCAAGGGCAAGGGCGGCGGGAGGCGGGGCGGAGGCGCGCAGGACGUGUCGGACGUGCUGGCGGAGCUGGCGAAGCUGGUCCGGGAGAGCGAGGCGUGUCGCGUGCACGUGCGGGCCUGUGGGGGACUCGAGGCUGUGUCCGACUGGACGCGGGCGCAGCUCGAGGGCGGGGGCUGCGCCCCGGGCCUGCGGUGCCUCGAGGCCGCGAGCUACAACGACUUCAACGGCGAGUGGCUGCAGGAGCACGGCGUGCUCGACAGCGUGGCGCGCGCUCUCCCGGGCCUGCUGGCGGGCGCGCGCGCGGACGCGGAGAGCGGGCUCCAGCUGCUGCUGACGUCGUCCACCGCGCCCGCGGUGCGCCAGGCGGUGUCAGCCGCGCUCGCCGCCGGGGACGGGGCGCCCGCGCUGACCGCCGUGCUCGCCGCGGCCGCCAGCACCACCAAGGCGAACGCGACGGCAGCGCUCGCCCUGGCGCUGCUCGCUCAGACCGCCGUCGACGCGCCCGUACGCGCGGCGAUCGCGGCGCGCACGACGCAGCUCGCGGCCGCCCUCGCGCGGUGGCUCGACGCGCCGAAAGGGGGCGCGGCGCGCGACUGGCCUCAGGCGGAGCGCGCCGCGGCGUGCGCGGGCAACGUGCUCGGCGACGCGGUCGUGCGAGGGGCCGUCGCGCGGAGCUCUCCGCGCUGCCCGCGGCGCUCGCGCGCCUCGCGGCUGCGUGGGGGCCCAGCAGCGCCGGUGCGCAGACGUCGGCGACGAGCGCGGCGCUGGCGGCGCUGGGCAACGUUGCGGUGGAGGCGGCGGCGGUGGCGGCGCUUGGCGACGACGAGGCGCUCAUGCGGUGGAUUCCGGGCGCGAUCCGGGCGUGUGCGAUGGGCGUGA